AUGUCGUCCAUAGAACUCGAGACUUACAACAAAACCCAGAAAUCAGACAACAUCACCGUCAGAACCGUCUCCAGAGACGAAGCUGCUCAGUCUCUGGCCCAACGGCAGGGAGAACCCACAGAGAGGACUCUUGAAACAGUGACCUCUUUUUCUCCUGGCAACACUCCGCUUCACUUGAACGAGCAGGAAAACGUGUUUGCGUCGUUGAAGCCUCAAGAGCAGCCACAGAGUGCCACAGUGGAUUUCCCAGAUGGAGGCUUGAAAGCGUGGUUGGUGGUGCUAGGGAGCUUCAUCGGGCUCUGUAUCAAUUUCGGGUUGAUCAACGCCGUGGGGGCGAUUCAGGCUUACGUUUCGACUCAUCAGUUGGCUGGCGAGCCUGUGAGCUCUGUUUCGUGGGUGUUUUCCAUCUACAUGUGCUUGUGUUUCUUUUUAAGUGUGUUCGUGGGUCCUAUCUUUGAUACCAAAGGUGCCACGCCUCUUCUCAUUGCAGCAACAAUUUUGCUUUUUGGAGGGACCAUGGCAGUGAGCUUUUCAAGCUCGCUUGUGGCUUUCAUUUUCUCAAUGUCUAUUUGUAUGGGUACGGCGCAGGCGCUUGCCAUCACUCCGUUGGUUUCUUCGGUCAGUCACUGGUUCUUGUGCAACAGAGGCAAGGCAUUGGGCGUGGCUACGCUUGGCGGCUCAGUAGGCGGCAUCAUUUGGCCAAUUAUUCUCACCAACUUGUACAGCACCGUGGGUUUUGGCUGGGGGAUCAGAGUGUGUGGGUUCAUAUGCUUGGCUGGCUCCAUUUCGACCAUUGUGUUGGUGAAGACCAGAUUCAGAAGAUCUCUCACUCUGCCAACUCUGGAGCAUGAUCAACUUCAGGACCACGAAGGCAGGCACAAGCGUAUUCUUCACACCACUAAAUCGUUCUUUGAAAUGUCUGCAUUCAAGGAUAUGAAAUUCACCUUUCUUGUGCUUGGAAAUUUCUUCACCGAGGUCGCUCUUAUGUCGAUUCUUACCUACUUGGCUACUUACGCCAUGUCCUAUGGGCUCAGCGAGACGGCUUCCUUGUAUUUAUUGACGUUCUUCAACACGGCUGGUGCUUUUGGUAGAUACAUCCCCAACCAUCUUGCCGAUAAGCUUGGCCCCUUCAAUGUCAUGAUCCUCAUGCUCAUUGGAUUUAUCCUCUCCAUCUUUUGCAUCUGGCUUCCCGCGGGCCACACAAGAGCUGGCCUCUACACAUUCACAGUUUUCUGUGGAUUCUUCAGCUCCAGUAUUUUGAGCUUGACGCCUAACUGUCUUGGUGCUAUUUCUCAGGUUGACAAAUUUGGACAGAGAUAUGGCCUCAUGUAUACUGCUACCAGUACCGGUAUUUUGUUCGGUGUUCCCGUGGGAGCUGCCAUCAUCGGUGACGGCAGAACAGACGAAUACCGUAAUUUCAUUAUCUUUUGUGGCGCUUUCGCCGUGUUGGGAACCAUCCUUUGGGUCGUGAGUCGUUGGCACAUUGUGGGCUCUAAAUUGAACAUCAAGGUUUAA